ACAGAGCUAUAUAUCAGUCCCUGUCUAUCUGACUAUUCGAUGUGUGGCUAUCUGGCAAUUUAAAACUUCUGUGAUUCUGUGGGUCGGCAACUGUGGGCAGACAAAAGAAAGCAGGGAAGCAGGACUGAGGUGUGUGGCUCUGUCUAGCAUUGCUUGAAAUUAUCAAGUAGUUUUUAGAAUGCAGAAUAGGAUGGAGUCGCAAGCAUCGUUGUUGUUGUCUCAUUUAUUCUUAGCAGCAUUUUUGCUUAUCAGCAUGUGCUGGGUACCACUUUGCUAUGGUUGGGGCCACGAUGGCCACACAAUGACAUGUGCUAUUGCGGAGAAACGACUGAGUGAACCAGCUUUGGCAAAGGUGAAUGAGCUCCUUUUCAGUCCCUAUGCACGCAAGGAUGGACAGCGCCAUCUCGCAAGUCUUUGCAGCUGGGCUGACGAUGUAGUACGAACUUCGAAGUACCAUUGGUCUGCACCGCUUCAUUACGUCGACACACCUGAUCUCUACUGUGGGUACGAUCAUCAUAGGGACUGCCACAACACUCAGGGUCAAGCGGAGAUGUGUGUUGUGGGCGGCAUCUUGAACUAUUCUGCUCAGCUGGCACCACGAAGAAGAGAGCAUGGCAACAGUGGCAGCGGGCAGCUCUCACCUCAUCUUAUCCUUGCUUACCCUUCUUCUUCCUACCACCGGUCCUUGGUUGGCCGCAUGCCCAACGACCAAAGGGUAGUCCUUGAUAUACAGGCAGCCAAGAAAAAUCUCACAGAAGCCUUGCUUUUUCUCAGCCACUUCCUGGGGGACAUCCAUGAGCCACUCCACGUGGGGUUCACUAGCGACAGAGGCGGAAACGAGAUUCAUGUCCGCUGGUACUCCGAAGAACUCAACCUGCAUAAAGUUUGGGAUUUUGGGAUAAUUCAGCAUGCAAUAGAGAUGUUUUACGGUGACGUCACCAACUACACCGAUUAUCUUAUUGGGAAAAUCAAUGGAGAGUGGAAGGAGAAUGCUGAUCAAUGGUCUCAAUGCGAUUGCUCUGCAGAUUAUCCAGGUGCGUGCCCUGAUGUAUAUGCGAAAGAGGGUAUUGCACUUGCAUGCAAAUAUGCAUAUGCUGACGUAGCAGAUGGUGACACUUUGGAUGAUGAAUACUUCAACUCGCGACUGCCUGUAGUUGAGAUGCAAGUGGCAAAGGCGGGUAUGUCUGCCGCCUCUGACGCAGGUGCAGGGAACGUGGAAGUGGUAGUUAAGGCUGAAAAACAGCCUUCAGCCUCAACUCCUCCUCCCCCUCCCUUGACUCCUGCGCAGCGACGCAAGAGAGAGAUUCAGGAAAAACUACGAGAGCAACAGGCGCUGCUCGCAGAAGCAGAGAGGCAAGAGGCUGCAGAGCUGGAAGCUGCAACAUAUGCUUCCAGAAAAGAGCACCUGCUGCAGCAGGCUCAGAAGACUUUUGUGGAUGCUAGAGUGGCCCAGUGUACCAGGGACCUGGCUGAGCUGGUAUUGUUACAAGAAAAGCUUACAACCAGCCAUUUCACAAACUGGGACGAAAGGAUCCAGAGGCUGGAGACCAGAGUGUCUGAUCUGGGAACUCAGCAGUCUAAGAUCAUGACCAUCCAGAAUCUGACUGCUCAGUUAACAGCAGCCAACCUGAUCUCUCCUUUGGUCCCUGUGGGCCCCUCUCCUAAACCCCCAAAGCCUUCUCAGCCUUCCUCUUCACCUCCUUCCUCUCCUCACUCUUCUCGUAAGUCCUCUCCCUCUGUCUCCUCCCAGGCCAAAGCCACACCUCCUCCCACCUUUGUUGUUGUUGUUGCUGGGGACCACAGAGGUCCCAAGAUUCCUGCACCCAACAAAUUCAAGGGGGAUGACCCCAAGAUUGAUGUGGGGGACUGGACCGCUGGAACCCGGGCCUAUCUGAAGGGGUUCCAGUGUCCGGAGCAGCAAAAGGUGGCCACCGUUGUUGCAGCAGUUGUCCAGCAGCUGCAGGCUGCGCUGGGGGCCUUUCAAAAGGCCGGGUCUCCGAUACCAACUGUUAUGAACUUGGUUGUUUGACAAUUCGAUUGCCACUCACACUCAGACWCACUCACACACRCCCAUACAUGCAUGAGAGAAAGGGGAGGAAGAGACAGAGUCCACCUGCACAYAGACCAGRGAUAAACARCGGAAUAGCAACCAUGCACAGAUGGGGAGAAUACACACAGUGUUCUCUCUCUCUGAUAAACUCCCAACAACCAA